CUUUCCCGGCGUCUUCGAACGCGCCGCGGCAGCCAUGUUGGUCGUGGCCAACACAGGGGCCGGCACCUCGGGGUUACGGAAGCAGGUGUCACGAUGUUGGGAUCCUUGGUGUUGAGAAGCGCGCCGGCGCCGCGGAACCUCCUCCGGCUACUCAGGGCUUCGUCGAUCCAGAGCCGUGGAAUUGCCUCCAGCCGGACCAUAAUCUCUGAAGACCGCGGGGAGCUGCAGUGGCUGAGAGCGACCGCCGGGGGGCACCGUGGAACAUCUUUGGCCUUGCUUCUCGGACGAGGGGCUGCCACCUGGGGGCGCCAGGGAGGACGCACCAAGACCCAGUGCUUGACUACCCCCACGUCGGGGCACCUUCCUAGUCCUGAAGAAAUAGUCCCAGGACAGGACAACUGGAAUGGGUUCUCCAACCCAGCUGGACUGGGCGUGUGGGCCCUCGCCACGGCGCUGGUGGUUCACUGCUAUAGCAAGAAUCCGUCCGACAAGGAUGCAGCCCUGAUGGAAGCUGCCCGCACCAACAAUAUACAAGAACUCAACAGGCUGUUAUCACAAGGUGCAGACAUCAAUGCAAGACACAGACUUGGCUGGACCGCACUCAUGGUGGCAGCCAUUAACCGAAAUGACAGUGUGGUGCAGAUUCUCCUUGCUGCUGGAGCUGACCCAAAUCUUGGGGAUGAUUUCAGCAGUGUCUACAAGACUGCCAAGGAACAGGGAAUCCAUUCUUUGGAAGAUGGGGGACUGGACGGUGCAAGCUGGCUCAUCACAAACCAGUGGACAAGUGCCCUGGAGUUCAGGAGGUGGCUAGGAGUCCCCACUGGCGUCCUGGUCACCCGAGAGGAUGAUUUCAAUAACCGACUAAACAAUCGUGCCAGCUUCAAAGGCUGCACAGCCCUGCACUACGCUGUCCUUGCUGAUGACUACCGCACCGUCAAGGAGCUGCUUGAUGGAGGAGCCAACCCCCUGCAAAGGAAUGAAAUGGGACACACACCAUUGGAUUAUGCCCGAGAAGGGGAGGUGAUGAAGCUUCUGAGGACCUCAGAGGCCAAGUACCAGGAGAAGCAGCGGAAGCGUGAGGCUGAGGAACGGCGCCGCUUCCCCCUGGAGCAGCGACUGAGGGAGCACAUCAUUGGCCAGGAGAAUGCCAUCACCACCGUGGGUGCCGCAAUCCGGAGGAAGGAGAAUGGCUGGUAUGAUGAAGAACACCCUCUGGUCUUCCUCUUCUUGGGAUCAUCUGGAAUAGGAAAAACAGAGCUGGCCAAGCAGACAGCCAAAUACAUGCACAAAGAUGCCAAAAAGGGCUUUAUCAGGCUGGACAUGUCUGAGUUCCAGGAGCGACAUGAGGUGGCCAAGUUUAUUGGGUCCCCACCAGGCUAUAUCGGCCAUGAGGAGGGUGGGCAGCUGACCAAGAAAUUAAAGCAGUGCCCCAAUGCUGUAGUGCUCUUCGAUGAGGUGGACAAGGCCCAUCCAGAUGUGCUCACCAUCAUGCUGCAGCUGUUUGAUGAGGGCCGGCUGACAGAUGGGAAGGGGAAGACCAUCGACUGCAAGGAUGCCAUCUUCAUCAUGACCUCCAACGUGGCCAGUGACGAGAUUGCACAGCACGCCCUGCAGCUGAGGCAGGAAGCUUUGGAGAUAAGCCGCAACCGUAUUGCUGAAAACCUUGGUGAUGUCCAGAUUAGUGACAAGAUCACCAUCUCUAAGAACUUCAAGGAGAAUGUAAUCCGCCCCAUCCUAAAAGCUCACUUCCGGAGAGAUGAGUUUCUGGGACGGAUCAAUGAGAUCGUCUACUUCCUUCCCUUCUGCCACUCAGAGCUCAUCCAACUAGUCAACAAGGAACUGAACUUCUGGGCCAAGAGAGCCAAGCAAAGGCACAACAUCACACUGCUGUGGGACCGUGAGGUGGCAGACGUGUUGGUAGAUGGCUACAAUGUGCACUACGGUGCCCGCUCCAUCAAGCAUGAGGUCGAGCGCCGCGUGGUGAACCAGCUGGCCGCAGCCUAUGAGCAGGACCUGCUACCAGGGGGCUGUACUCUGCGAAUCACUGUGGAGGACUCGGACAAGCAGCUCCUCAAAAGCCCUGAACUCCCCCAGGCUGAGAAGCGUACACCCAAGCUGCGGCUAGAGAUCAUUGAUAAGGACAGCAAGACCCACAAACUGGACAUCCGGACACCACUGCACCCCGAGAAGGUGUGCUACACCAUCUAGGGCCUGUCUGCCUAUACAUGCCCUGAGCAUCUAAUAAAGACCCCUCGCUGUGGCAUGGCAGCUGCCCUAUCUCCCAUCAUGCCUCCCGCAGCUCCAGCCUGGAAGCGCUCCCUUGUCCCCUUGGUCUGCUAGCAAGUCCUCAGGGGAGGAACUGCCUCACCACCCUGUUCAAAGCCAAGGAUCAGAGCCAGGCAUAGUAGCACACCCAGCACUCAGGAAGCUGAGCCAGGAUUGCCAGAAGUUUGAGGCCAGCCUGGGCUACAUAGUGAGUCUAAGGCCAGGCUGAACUACACAGUGGGACCCUGUCUCAAAAAAAAGAAAGGAGCAGGGAAGCCCCUAAUCUGUCUUCACUUGGUCCCCAUUCCCCAUGGUCACUAAACUUAGCAUGUUCCCUAAAGCUUAGAAGUAUGGUAACUAGGAACAGAUCUAGUGGAACAAGAUAGGGACCUGACUGUGACCUACAUCCUGCACCUGCUGUCUUACAGCUCAGUCCCUAGAACAUCUCCAUCAGAAGUGGAGGAAGAGUGCAGAGGCCCAGCCCUGGUGGUUUUGCAGUUUAGUUUGUAGCUACCUCUUCUGCAUGUCCCAAAAGUCUUAAGAGGAAGGGACAGAUACAUAGGCCUUUUCUCUUCCCCUGCCCUCCCAUGCCCACUGUUUCUCCCCACAUCAUGCCCUGCAGUCACACCAGAAUGAGGCUAGGGUCAGGCACCUUUGCAAGCCUGACUAGUUCAUUACCCUGCCCUGCUCUGGGACUGACAUCAGCCCCAGAUGACCAAGCAGACUCAGCUCUGUAGAAGCCUCCUUCAGGAGACAGAGAGUGUUGACACUGGGAGGCUGUAGGGGGAGAAAACUGGGGUGAGACCCCAUGUAGGUGGCCAUGGAGCCUGCCUCAGCCCUGUCUAUAACUCUUGUUUCAGCUAAGUGAGUCUGGAGUAAGCCUGCAAAUUAGUCACUAAGCAGAAGGUCCAGACACCAUGCCCUCAUACAGAGGCCAUUCCACAGACCUGCCUGUCUCAGCGCCCACUUGGCAAAAUACCAGCAAGGCCUGGUGUAUUCUCGAAUACAAUCUGCCGUAUCUGCCCCUGGUCAGAACUGCAUCCGGCCUGCCUCUGCAGGGUGGUGUUAACCUUUCUCAGGAAGUACGAAGUGGGGGCCCAGGAAUCAGAGGACCAGGGGUGCUUGCAGAAUGUUGUAACAGCAUUGUAUGGGCGGUCACAAAAGCCAGGCACAGGCCUAGCACAUGUCAGCAGUCCCUGUCCAGCCCAUCAGAGGUGCUGUGCCGCUGGCCCUCCCUCAGUGACUGCUGUUCCAGUGUUGUGAUCGUUGUUUACUUUUGGUUUUGAAAAAAGUUUAGAUUUACAGAGAGUUGCAAAAAGAGUAGGGAGGGGGCUGGGGGUUUAGCUCAGCGGCAUAAGCGCCUGCCUGGCAAGCAGGCAGUGGUGAGUUCGAUCCCUGCUACCGAUAAAAAGGAAAAAGACAAAAAAAAAAGAGUAGGGCGUUCUUAUAUAUCUUCUACCCAUCUGCUUCUAAUAUUAACAUAUCAUAAAACCAUACUAUGAUCGUCACAGGAAAUUUCACAUUCCUAUGAUACUGUUGACUAAUAUGCGGAUAUUUUAAUUUUGCCAGUUUUCCCCUGAUGUCUUUUUCUAACCCAGGACAUUCCACGUUAUAUUUUGUUGUCAUGUUUCCUUCAGCUCCGCCAGCCUGUGGCAAUUCCUCCAUCCUUGUCUUUUAUGCCAUUGACACUUUUGAAAGAUCCAGGUCAGUUAUUCGGUAGAAUGUCCCCCAAUUUUAUUUUCUCCAGUGCUUUCCCAUGAUUAUACUGAGGACCUGCACUUCUGGCAAGGUGGCCCCAGAAGUGACACUGGGUCCGUGGUGCCUUCUGGCAGCUGGUGGUGGUAACUCUGAGAGUAGAUGGUAACCAGUGGCAGAAAAACCUAGCUGUGUCCCAGGCCUGGGGCAUGCUAGGCACGCUGCACGGAGCCACAGUCCCACCCAAGAACACGCUUCAAAAGGGUCACAUUUUAAUCAUCUUUCAGCUCCUUCUUUUGUCUAUUAGGAUAUUAUCCAUUUGUUCUGUUUUUAAAUUUGUUGCCAUUAAGUUCUAAAAAAUUUUUCCCUCUCCUGUCUGUGUGACUGUUUCUAAUGUUGCAUUGCUAAUCUUGUAUUUUUAUUUCCUCCCCCUUCAGGAAGUUUUCAUUUAUUCAUAUAUAUAUAUAUAUAUAUAUAUAUAUAUAUAUAUAUAAUUUUUUUUAAUGACUGGAUCUCCCCAUGUAGUUCACUGUGGUCUUGAACUCACUCCUUAGGCUGGCCUCAAACUCAUGGCAGUCCUCCUGCCUCAGCCUCUCAAGUGUUGUAAUUACAAGCAUGUGCCAUUAUACCUGAUUUAUCAUAUUUAUAUUUUCAAAUAAUUGCUUUUUAGCUUAUUUUUCUAUUGUUUUCUCCCUACUUCAACUUCAGUUUUUGUAUUUAUUGGUUCAUUUUUUAUUUUCUUAAGGCUUCCAUGUGCUUUUUUUUUUAGAGAUGAGAACAAGAUAUUUUAUUUUUUAAAGAGAAAAAACAAUAAAAAUGAUACAGAAUUUCAAAAGAAGAUAAUAGCUUAGCAAUGGUUAAUGUAUUGCAUAUGGUUAUCUUCAUAGUAGUUGCUGUCAUAUAUAUAUAUAUAAUAUAUAUAUAUUAUAUAUAUAUAUGUAUGUAUGUAUUUCUCUUUCCCUUCCCUCUUUUCUCCUUUCCCCCAUCCCAGUUGCUCUUUCCUUUUGAGCAAUUUAUUCUCCUUUCACAAAAUCUAUUGUACAUUUUGGAUCUUAUUUACUCUUUCAAUGUCUUACACUAGGGAGACAAUAUGGUGUUCACACAUAUGAGUCUGAUUUAUUUCACUUAUGAAUAUGGUCGCGAGUUGCAUCCAUUUACCUAUAAAAGCCUCAAGUUUAUCUUUCUUUACAGCUCAGUAGUACUCCAUUGUAUAAAAAAUUCUAUUGUUUUGUUUUUGAGACAAGGUCUUUCUGUGUAGUUCAAGCUAACCUUGAACUCACUAGGUAGCCUAGGCAGGACUCAAAGUCACAGCAAUCCUCCUGCCUCAGCUUCCUGAGUGCUGAAUUACAGAUGUGCACCUCUACACCGAGCUUUUCUCUAAAUUUCUACAAUCCCUCUACACUUGUGAGAUUUUUUUCUUUGAACCAUUUUCAAGUCCAUCCUCCUGUGUUCUAGAAGCCUUCAUAAGGUAUCUGGUCUCAUACUGCACUGUUGGCUGUAAUCCAUUAGAGCUGCAGUGCUGGCAGGCCUCAAUACUUGGUCAUAAGCACAUGACAAAAGUAUACUACGCAAACAAGUGCUCUGUCCCAGGACCCACUCACACAUCCACACAUUCCCCGGGGCAUCUGUCAUGUGCUAGCACCAUGCCAGGCUGUGAAGAGUGAGCUGAACAUCUCGGUGUUUGCCCCCUUGGAGCUUACAUUCUAGUGAUACAGACAAAAAAACAUGGCAUAAGUGAACUAAGCAAUGCCCAGGAUGUAAUGGAAGUAGAGAUAAUAGGUCCAACAUGACCUAUGAAGUCUAGCAAAGAAUCUGGAGAAGUGAUAGUUAAGUUCCUCACACCCUGAGGAUCUAGUGUGUUUCCCUGUCCUGUUCUCAGGGAGGCGGCUCUUGGGGUUGGCUUUGGUUUUGUUGUCUUUCAGUAUGAAAGUUACCUUUUUUGAUUUACACCCCUGCUUACUACCUGCUUGCUGUUCUUGACCAGUUAUACACCCAAUAGUGAUAAUGCACAAAGGAUGCUCACUGAAUGCCUUACAGCUUCUAGAAGUCUGGCUGCCACACAGAAAGGAGAACGAACGAGACAGCUGGAGAGAAAGCAGCAGAAAAAUAGUACAGUUGCCAGAAUGGCAGCCACAAGCCCUGUGGCAUUGGAGGGUAAGCAUCAGUAUGAACUGCUCUUUAAUACACAGAUGGACAGGGAAAAGCAGAUGUCUGUAUGCAUGUGUUGACAUGCAUAUGUAUAUCCUACCACUGUCUACGGGAGAGCCUAGGAGCAGUGACACCCAAGUAUCAAUGAGUGUACCCAGUGUCCAGACCCAGAUUUGUAGGUACCAAGAGCUAACUGGUUUAUUCAAGAACAGAUGGAACGGAGAUUCCUGGAGAAAUGGCUGAUGUCAAGACUAGACAGGGAAAAUGUGAGCAAGCCCAGGACAACUGGUGGUGCCAGAAAAUAAGGAAGCCCUCGAAAAAUGAUGGGGAAGAGUUGAAAAUAAUUAGAGUUCCCAAUAGCCAAGCAUGGGCCACUGAGCAUUAAUUACCCAUAGAAUAAAACUAGUAUCUAUUACUUCACAGUGAUGUAAGUUAGUGAAAGAUGGGGGGAAAGUUCUUCCUUAUAAUGUCAGUUAAUACAGAUGAAUAAAGAGAAAGUCAUCAUUAGGCAACUACAGCAUUAAUACGUGUAAGCAAGAACCACUCUUCUCAGAUGUGUUACUGAUUUCAAGAGGAAAAUUCCUUUUGAGGGGGUACUGGAGAUGGGCCUCAAGCAUACAAGGCAAGUGCUGUGCCACUGAGCUAUACCCCAGCCCCCAAAUGCAUCAUUUUACAGUAGAGAAUCUAGUUGAUCCUUAGACCACAAGAAAAUAAAAAUUACUGUUUUGAUUAAAUUUUAAAAUUAUAUAUGUGAGGCUGGGGAUAUAGCUCAGCAGAUAAGUGCCUGCCUGGCAAGCACAAGGUCCCGAGUUCAAUUUCUGGCACCCCCCCCAAAAAAAAAACCAUAUAAAACCUACAAAUAUUAAGAAUAGUGUGAAUACAUUCUUGUAGCCAUCACUGUCACCAAAAUAGGUAAGUUCCAGUUUGGGGCUACAUAUAAACUCAGACCAAGGAAAAUGAUGGAAAGAUGCCCACCUGAUUUUAAAAGCCCCCCCCCAUGCCCUAACCAUGACAGUGCUGAAGGAAUAACCCAAUCAUGUUGACUGUAAAUGCACAAAGCCCAAGUAAAGCAAAGCUGGAGCAGGCACGAUAGUGCACACUUGUAAUUCCAGCUACUUGGGAGGCGGAGGCAGGGGGAUGGCAAGUUCAAGGCCAUACAGGGCAACUUAGCCAGAUGCUGUCUUAGACCAAAAGAGAUGGGGAUGUAGCUCAGUGGUAGAUACUUAACCUAGCAUACUGAAAGCUCUGGGUUCAAAUCUUCAGUAUUAAAAAAAAAUCAAACUGUACUAUGAUCACAAAGUUUUUUGGACCCAGUGUCAGAAAUUAUUAAUAAUCCAUCAUACCAAGAACGAAUAUCAAGGCCAGCCAUGAGCUCAAGGCCAACCUGGGCUACCAAGUGAGUUCAAGGCCAGCCUGAACUGCAUAGUGAAAUCCUGUCUCAAAAAAAAGACAAGGUCUGGAAAAAUAAAUUAGUUAGCUUUCAUUUUUUUAUGCAGAUACUUAUACUAUGAUUAUUGAAGAGAAUACCUUUAUUUUUAGAAAAUGUAAAGAGGUUAAAGGCAAGGAAUUUGCAAAUAUUUUAGGAAACAUCUGUAUACAUAUACAUGGAAUGAAAAAAGUAGACACAUAUAUACACAGGAAGCAAAAGUAAACACUUGGAAAAUCUGAAGAAUUUGCAACUUUUUGUAAGUCUAAAAUUUUCAAAAUAAAGGGUGUUUUAAAUAUAUCAGUGUAGGGCCAGAGGUUAACUCCGGCUUAAGCGCUUUCGUGUUAAGUGUGAGGUCGUGAGUUUGAUCCCCAGAACCAAAAAAUAAAACAAUAAAUAUAUCAGUGUAUACUGAUAAAUAUUGGAUAACAAUUUAAAGAAAAGUGAUUUGAGUAUGAUAAGUCAUGAAAAUAACAUUUAAUCAUAAAUGCUAAAGCUAUCUCGGAAGUUUGAAACAGGAAACAACGUUGCUUUGAAGAUUAGGUGAAAAUAAGGGAGAAUACUAAAUAUGGGUGCUGGAAAUAUCUUUCUCGCUGAUUUGUAUAUUUAGAAGAUCCGAAUGACAAUGGUAAAAACCUAUUAGCAUUAAAAGGACAUUUGGUGAGUGGAUGAAUAAAAGAUAAAUGUACAAGAA